AACUCCUUUAAAGUUUGCAUCAUACUCCAUUGAUGACAUUCACAAGCUUUAAAAAAAAACCCUAAAAAAUAGAGCAAAUUUCAUUGAAAAAUGUUCAAUCUUGUUCAUUUUCUUCUUUUUGUUCUUCACCAUCUACUUCAAGCUCAAGCCUUAACAUUACCACAAGAUAUUUCAGCUUUAAAAGCCUUUAAAUCCUCAAUCAAACAAAGCUCAAUCCCAUCAUGGUCUUGCCUAGCUUCAUGGGACUUUUCCGACGACCCUUGCGCCGUCCCCCACCGUACUCGCUUUAUCUGCGGCGUUUCUUGCUCGCCGGACGCCACUCGUAUCACCCAAAUCACGCUUGAUCCUAUUGGUUACUCGGGUCAACUCACCCCACUCAUUUCACAACUCACCCAACUCACCACACUCGAUCUCUCUGAUAACUAUUUCUUCGGUCGUAUACCUUCUUCCAUUUAUUCUCUACGUAAUCUCCAGACUCUGACUCUAACAUCCAACUCGUUUUCCGGCUCGAUUCCUGACUCAGUCACGGCUCUCAAAUCGCUUGAAACAUUAGACCUUUCUCAUAAUGCUCUGUCCGGGAAAUUACCGAAAUCACUUAACUCGCUUACGAGUUUAAAGAGGCUCGACCUGAGUUACAACAAACUCACUGGGUUUCUACCGAAACUCCCGUUUAACUUAUUGGAACUUGCUUUAAAAGCAAAUUCUUUAUCUGGGUAUGUCUCGAAAUCAACUUUCGACGGGUUAACUCGGUUAGAAGUCGUUGAACUCAGUGACAACUCGUUUUCCGGUACCCUGGGAGCAUGGUUCUUCCUCUUACCGUCGUUACAACAAGUUGAUUUAGCCAACAACAGCUUUACACAUGUCGACAUCUCGAAGCCCGCCGGUGGUAACAGCGACCUCGUCGCCGUCAACCUUGGGUUCAACAAGAUCGAAGGGAACCUCCCGGCGAACUUCGCCGACUAUCCGAUGUUGUCUUCCCUGUCCUUGCGUUACAAUCGAUUACGUGGCGCCAUCCCAUUGGGUUACAGCAAGAAAAAGUCUUUGAGGCGAUUAUUUUUGGAUGGGAAUUUCUUGAUCGGAACACCACCGGCAGAGUUUUUCGCCGGCGAUACGGAGGUUACGGGUAGUUUGGGCGAUAAUUGUCUACGGGGAUGUCCGGCAAAUUCUCAGCUGUGCUCGCCGCGGCAAAAAUCGUACGCAAUUUGCAAGCGAGCUUAUAGUGGGAAACCAAGGUCUUAAGAGUCAAAUUUUAGUCAACGUUGUUUAUUUUUUUAAAUAAUAAUAAAAUAGUUAAAGAAUUUGUGAAAUAAUUAAAUAAUUAAUAUGAUGUAAAUAUAGUUUAAUGGAUUUGUUUUUUCUUUAAAUAAUGAUUAGUGGUGUCAGCUUUGCUGGUACCUUGAUGUUCA